UUCACGAGCCUCUUUGUUUCGAGAGGCUCCUCCUUAGUGUUCAAGCCUGCUGAAUAAAACCAAAGCACUCGCACUAGUGGCGCAGAGCAGCACACGAUGCUUGGUUGCUUCUCCCGGCUGCGGCGGCCGGCGGGGUCACCAGCUCCGGAGCCCAUGCCGGCGUCGGACGACGCGUCCACGUCGGCGGCGUCGACCUCGGAGAGGUACACCUCCCCGUGCUCGUCCUCCUCAUCGGCUCGCUGCAAGAACGCAAGCAGCUCGCCCCCAAACGGUGGCCGCGACGACGGCUGCGACGGCAUGGUGGGCAAGAACCCGUCCGCGCUCUCCGAGCCCGGGCUGUCCUCGGCCAUCGCGUCCCGCCGGUUCUUUCUCUCCUCCCCGGGCCGCUCCAACUCCAUUGUCGACUCCGCGCACGGCGCCGCCGUGGGCGUGGGCGUGGGCUCGGCCGGGGUGGCGGUGCCGACGUACUCGCCGGACCCGCACGCCGACUUCCUGAGGUCUAUGGAGGAGAUGGCCGCGGCGCUGCGGCUGGACGCGCGGCGGCCCGGCGACAGGGCGCGCCUCCACGAGCUGCUGCUCUGCUACCUCGCGCUCAACGACAGGCGCGCGCACAAGUACGUCGUCAGCGCCUUCACUGACCUCCUCCUCCGCCUCACAGCCACCAACCUCGACGACGAGCACCACGAUUAACUUGCGCUAGCAUUCUUUUCUGGCGGUGUGAUGUGUACGUUGCAAUGCAUGCAUACGGACAGAUUUUGGUACGAAAAUCAAAAUUCUUUGCAAUGAUUGGCGAGCAACUUUUUAAGCUCAUGCAGAUCGACGUUUGAAGACCUAACUGCAAAUACGUGCUGUGUAAUUCUGUAGCUGAAAUCUGUUGGUACGCAUAACAUUUGUGUGGCCUUUUUUUCAAGGUGUGAGCAGUGAGCAUGCUGGUGAAGAUAGAAUAUGUCAGCUUCUACAAACAAAGGUGUUUGCUUGGUUUGCUUUGUGUUUUUUGGCCAUCUCUGCUCUUUUACUGUU